AUGGCUUCAACCAUGCCAGAAAUAGCCAUUGAUGCGUCUCCCUUUCUUCGCAUAUACAAAGAUGGCCGUGUAGAGAGACUCAUGGGAACAGAUAAUGUUCCUCCAUCUUUUGAUCCCAAAACCAAUGUUGAAUCCAAAGAUGUCCCGUAUUCACCUGAAAGUAACCUCUCUGCCAGGUUAUUCAUCCCAAAAGACACUAGUCCUGUUGAAAAACUUCCUCUUCUAGUCUAUUUCCAUGGUGGAGCCUUUUGUGUAGAUACUGCUUUCUCUCCUACCUAUCAUGAUUACGUUAACACCUUAGCUGCGGAAGCUAAAGUUAUUGCAAUAUCAGUUGACUAUAGAAAAGCCCCAGAGCACCCUGUCCCUGUUGCUUAUGAUGAUUCCUGGACUGCGCUGAAAUGGAUUGCAUCUCAUUUGGAUGGAAAUGGUCCUGAAGAUUGGGUAAACAGACAUGUCGAUUUCCGUAAGUUUUUUUUAGCUGGGGAUAGUGCCGGUGCUAAUAUAGCACACCGCAUGGGCAUAAAAAUUGGCCAAGAUCAGCUGGAGGGUGUUAGUAUCACAGGCAUCAUUUUAGUACAUCCCUUUUUCUGGGGCAGAAACCCUGUUGGAGCUGAGAUUAAUGAUUUAUCCGAAAGAAGAAAAAUAAGGGGAUUGUGGCGCUUGGUAUGUCCUACAACAAAUGGAUACGAUGAUCCAUGGAUUAAUCCGGGAAAUGACCCCAACCUGAAGAACCUGGGGUGCACCAGGCUGCUGGUUUUUGUUGCUGAGAUGGAUGUAUUGAGACAUAGGGGCUGGUACUAUUAUGAGGAGUUGAAGAAAAGCGGAUGGAGAGGAGAAGUGGAGAUAAUGGAGUCAUCAGGAGAGGACCAUGGUUUCCAUUUGUUGAACCCUACUAGCGAGAAUGCUAUGGCUAUGCUCAAAAGAAUUGUUUCCUUCAUGAUCCAGGAACGAGACAAGUUUAUCAAAGAUGACGACGACAGGACCAGUUUUACAAAUUAUAGUUAAAUUAAUUGGCCAUUGAGAUAGCUUG